CUGAGCCACUUUGACAAGAACCACAUUGUGAUGGACAACUGGGUCAGAACAUCUCCAAACCUGCAGCUCUUGUGGGGUGUUCCCAGUCUGCAAGUCCCCCAAGGCUUAAUUGUAUUCAUUUUCUGUCAACAAACAGCGUAAACAAACUAUAGCUAGCUAAUGGUUAGCUGUUGACAAGUUGGUGAAUGCAUGGGAAAAUGUAGCUUGUGUGGACAGUACUACACUAUACUUACGUUUCAGUGGUUUAUUUAAAAAAGUAGCAAUUGUUGUGCGAACAAGGAAUCCCCAGGGAAUCCGUAAAACCCCACAUGCAAGUUUAAACGCAAUAAAAUCUUAAUCUCCCUCUAUCAGUCCCUGGAGAUGAUCUCUGUGGGUAAUGCCCAGAAGAGUUUGGAGAACGUUUGUGGAUGGUCGUAUCUCCAGCAGAGGGAGCAGAGUCACGCCGAGCAGCACGACCACACCAUCUACCUGACCAGGCAGGAGUUCGGCCCCUCCGGCAUGCAGGGUUAUGCUCCAGUUAAAGGAAUGUGUCAUUUGCAUCGGAGUUGCGUCCUCGUUUUUGAGGACGGUUUUUCCUCUGCCUUUGUAGCUGCCCAUGAAACAGGACACGUCUUAGGGAUGGAGCAUGACGGUGAGGCCAAUGAUUGUGCUGAUGACGUGCCGUUGGGCAGCAUCAUGUCUCCGCGGGUUCAGGCCACCUUCCAUCGAUACCACUGGUCUCGAUGCAGCUGGAGGGAGCUGCACCAGUACCUGCAUACCUAUGACUGUCUCCGUGAUGACCCGUUCAACCAUGAUUGGCCGGCUCUGCCUCAGCUGCCAGGGUUUCAGUACUCUAUGGAUCAACAGUGUCGCUUUGACUUCGGACCAGGAUACAGUCUCUGUACUGUAUACACAACACUUGAGCCCUGUAAACAGCUGUGGUGCAGCGACUACAACAACCCGUUCUACUGUAAGACCAAGAAAGGUCCACCACUCGACGGGACAAAGUGUGGACCGGGGAAGCACUGUUUUAAGGGUUUUUGCAUGAGGUUGACCCCUGACAUGCUGAGACAAGAUGGCGGCUGGGCAACCUGGAGUCCGUUCGGCAGCUGCUCCAGGACCUGUGGGGGCGGGGUCAGGUUUCGGGCCAGGCGCUGUGACAACCCAGCUCCAGCCAAUGGGGGGCGUACCUGCUUCGGAAACAGUUACGAGUUCCAGCUGUGCAGUCAAGAAGAGUGUCCACCACUGACUGACUUCAGGGAGGAUCAGUGUAAAGUCUGGAAUCCAUUUUAUGAACACGAAGGACGCAAACAUCACUGGCUGCCGUACCAACACCCUGACCCUGAUGAGCACUGUCGUCUGUACUGUCAGUCGAAGGAAACGGGCGCGGUGGUUUCCAUGAACAGAAUGGUGCAUGAUGGGACGCCAUGUUCCUACAGUGAUGCCCACAGCGUCUGCGUCCGAGGAGAGUGUGAGCAUGUAGGUUGUGAUGGACAGAUCGCUUCAGACCAGCAGGAGGACCGAUGUGGUGUCUGUGGAGGAGAUAACUCCAGUUGUAAGAUCAUCAAAGGAAACUUCACCCGCAGCACCAAGAAACAAGGUUACCUGAAAAUCCUGGAGAUCCCCAAAGGAGCCCGACAUCUGCUGAUCCAGGAGUUCAAAGGGACUCCUCACAUCCUGGCGGUGAAGAACCAGGAGACAGGUCACCUAUUCCUCAAUGAUGAAGACGAGCUCCCAGAAUCCAGAGUGGUGAUUGAGAAGGGGGUGGCGUGGGAGUACAGCAACACUGAGGAGCAGGAGUCCAUCCAGACCUCAGGGCCACUGAAAUACGGAGUCCUGCUCAUGGUCCGUCCCCAUGGCGACUCCAAGGUGACGGUGUCCUAUAAGUACAUCAUCCAGGAUCAUCUCCGGUCCUCGCUGGAGUCCAACCUGGUGCAAGAGGACGCCAUCUUCUACGAGUGGGCACUGAAGAAGUGGUCACAGUGCUCCAAACCCUGCGGAGGAGGGAAACAGUACACAAGGUUUGGCUGCAGGAGGAAAGCUGAUGGGAAAAUGGUUCACAGGAUGUUCUGCUCCAACAUCAACAAACCGAGAGCCAUCAGCCGCACCUGCAACACCAACGCCUGCAGCUCGCCACGCUGGGUGACCGGAGAGUGGGAGGACUGCAGCGCCUCCUGCGGUCAGACAGGGUGGCAGCGUCGCUGGGUGAGCUGCCACCAGGUGACCAGCAUGGGGCAGCAGCACCAGCACUCAGUGAACAGCAAACUCUGUGGGGAGGACCGCCCGGAUGGCAAACAAACCUGCAACCGCUUCCCAUGCCCGGCUUCCUGGCGAACUGGGCCCUGGACCCCGUGUUCAGUAUCAUGUGGAAACGGGACUCAGGAGCGUCAGGUUAAAUGUUCAAGUCCUGAGGGUUCAGCCCGAAACUGCAGUGAGCCUCGACCGAGCACAACCCGCACCUGCCAGGCCCUGCUCUGUAACGGUGACCAGAGGAACUCCAUCAUUCAGUGGCUGUCCAGGUCCAACACAAACUUCACAGCUCCAAAUUUCAGCUCCAGGCAGCGUUGCCGUGGGGACCGCUCAAUAUUUUGCCAGAUGCAGGUGUUGAGGCGGUACUGCUCCAACGCCGGAUACCGUCAGAUGUGCUGCAAGGCCUGCAGCAACUUCAGCGACUUCAGUAACUUCAGCAACUUCAGCAACUUCAGCAACUCUGACAACUCCAGCAACUUCAGCAACUUCAACAACUUCAGCAGCACAAGUCUGCCAACAGCCAACAGCAGUUUGUGGAGUGUAACCACAGAGACGAUGACUUCAUCAUCUACCUCCACCUGGUCUGACAGCCACUACAUCAUCAGUGACAUCACUAGCACUCCCCCUCUGAGCUUCACUGUAACUCCGCCCCCCACCAGCAGGAGCAGCACCGACUUUGUGUAUGUGGAGUACGACGAUUACAAUGAGUAUUCGUCCUACGAGGAUCCUUCUGUUGCCUCUGACACUCCGGAUAUCGUUCCCACUACAACUACAACAACUACCACAACAAGACGUCCAAGAAAAACUGCUCCACCUCAUUUAUUCAGGAGGGAAACUACCACUCCCACAAUGCCCCUUGCUACCAUUCCCACAGUAACUGCUGAAGGUCCAACACUGGUGCCAAUCAGGACAUCUGCCGUCCCAGAAUUCCCCACAACAGCAACGUCAGCUUAUCCUGAUGACAUCGUCACCACCGCAUCGUCACCAAACAGAACAUCAGGUGGGAGGAGCCUUCAGACUGAAGUUAGUCCGACAGAACCUGAACCAACGCCAACAUCGGCGUCAUCGUCCUCCUUUGUCCCGCUCUCUAAGAAGGAGAACAACUCAGUGGACGAGGUCCCGUACCGGAUCGUGGGUUUGGACGGUGAUAUCAGCAAGGGACAGCAGAACUACUUUGUGCCGCGGAUGCCACCAUUUCGUGAACGAACACAAAACAAACGCAUCCAGCAGCUCCUGAACGAGAAACGGCGUCAGGAUCUUCUGAGGAGAUCCAACAGGAGCCGAGAGGGCAGGACUGACAAGAAACAUGUUGGAUUGUAAAAAUAUUUCCAUUUUAGUUUUAUUGUUCACUCGUGAUGCCGCAUGUGCAGCUUGCUCACUUCCUGCUAACGCUAAUGAACUUGUGACGAGAAACAGACUGCGAUAAAACAAACGACCAGCAGGUUCUCUCGACCUUCAGCUUCGUGUUUCCUAAAGUUUACAGUCAUAUAGCAACGUUAGCUUGAAUCUAGAAUAAAGACAAAGGCUAAUUGUCUAAGACCAGAACGUGGAAACAUUUGCUUCAUUCCCAAAACGUUUAUAGGGAGAAACUUUUUUCUGGUUUUUACAUUCAUGAUGUUUGUAUCAAAUAAUCCUGUUUUUAAAAUAAAGUCUCAUUCAGCUGCU